AUGCAUCCAUCCAUCCAUCCGUCCGUCCGUCCGUCCGUCCGUCCGCCCCCGCUCCCGGCCUCAGCCCUCCGCGGGGCCCCAGAGACGCGCACGGCGGCAUCGCCGCCUCCCCCUCCGCAUUACGGCAUCACCCACCCACCCCCGCCCCGCUCCGGGCCCUGCUGGCGCAGCGGCCCCUCAGCGCAGCCCCCUCACCUGGCGCGGGCUGGCCGCGGGACGCGGGCGCUGCGGGGUCAGCAGCCGGCGCGGCAGCGCAGCGAGAAAAACCCGGCCAUCCCCAUCGCCGCCUCCAGCGAGGCCGGGAGACCCCCCCCGCCGCCGGGAAUGGAGCGGGAAGGGCGAGGGAGGGGAGAAAGGGGAGGGAGGAGAGCGAGGCCGCGCCGGGAGGAACGGGCGCCGCGCUCGCCCCAGCGCCGCUCCCGCACUGCCGGAGCGCGCGCCCGCCCCGCGGGGGGAGCGCCCCAGCUCCGCCAAUCGCCGCGCGCCGCCCCGCCCCCUCCGCACAGUCAGCCAAUGGCGCGGCGCGGAGCCCGCGUGAGCCCGCCCCCGCCCUGUCAAUCACAGCCGGCUGCGCCGCCAGCGCCCCCUGGCGGUUCCCGGCCGCAGCGGCACCGCCCUGAGAACCGAGCCCUGCGCCGCGCCGGCGCGGGGAGGCGGGGCCUCGCCAGCUCCAGCCAAUCAGAACCCGCGAUGCAAAUCACGCCUGCGCCCUCGGAGCCAAUGGGAAGCUGCAGCCGUGGCCCCGCCCCCCGCGCGGGGAAGGGGCGGGACCCGCGGGCGCUGCUCCCGCUCCGGGCUCACCGCGAAUCCCGGAUCCCGGAUCCCGGAUCCCGAUCCCCGAUCCCCGAUCCCGGAUCCCGGAUCCCCGAUCCCCUGGCACUCGGAUCCUAA